CCGAAAUGCGGAUCCAACCAGCAGCACCUCAUCGGAGCCAAAGUUGCUGAUCUAUGAUCCACCACCACCAUGACAUGGAUCAUGUAAAGAAGCGAUGGCCGCAGUUUGAUUUUAGACAGCUCCCGCCACACAUCACACACACCGCCAUGCGCCCGUCGCCAGCCAACUCGACGACUGCACCCACCACGUCCAACCAGGACGUCCUCGUUGUCGACCAGUUGGUUCACGCAGACGAUUGGGUCUGCGACUACGAGCGAUCGUUGUGUCACGUAUGCACUCGCAACUUUAGCACAUUUCGCCGAAAGCACCACUGCCGCAUGUGCGGCGAAGUUGUAUGCCGCAACUGCACCUUGUACAAAAACGUGAACAUCUUGUCCAUCGGUACAACCAAAGUCCGCGUCUGCCUCUCGUGCAUCGUCAUGGUCAGCGGCGCUCAGAAACUCGGAUCUCCGUUGGCGUCCGCCACAAACGUUACCAUGGUCUCGGACGAAGCAUCGCGUAACUGGCUGUCGAACCACCUCACGUCCCCCGCCGCACGGUCCGAGACCGAGUACUACGACUACUCCGCGACCAACCAGCUAGACUACGAGCUCGACUACAACUGGGACAACCCGUGGCCCCGCGCGCCGAUCGCCGCGAACGAACCGGAUCGGCUCCGCGCCCUCGCCAGCCUGCGCAUCCUCGACACACCGCCGUCGUCCGUGUUCGACAACAUCUGCGACCUCGUCAGCAAGCGACUCAACUGCCCCAUGGCCGCCGUGAGUUUCAUAGACGCCGACCGCCAGUGGUUCAAGGCCAGCGUCGGGCUCGCCCAGACGUCCAUCCCGCGCAACGUGGCGUUCUGUGCGCACGCCAUCGUGUCCAAGGAGCCGCUCGUGGUGAUGGACACCGCCGCCGACGUCAGAUUCUGCCACAACCCCCUCGUCACCGGCGCGGCGUGCGUCCGGUUUUAUGCGUCGGCGCCGAUCUGCGACGCCCGGACGGGCCUUGUGGUCGGCACCGUGCUAGUCCUGGACACAGCACCGCGGGACGCGUGCGAUGCGUCGGUGCUGGAAAAGCUGGCGAAUGUUGCGAUGGAGCACUUGGUGCUCAAGGAAGAUCGGGUUGAGAAGUACGCUGCUCGGCGGAGUAGCAGCGACGCCACGCGAAGCACGCGCGGUAGCAGCAUCAGCACCGACAGCCUGCGCACGGCCGUGACGAGUCACUCGAGUCAAAAGCAUCCGACAAGUCAGAACCACCACCACCAACUGGUGGUGGCCGACAACCAAGACGCUACCGACAUGGUCAGCUCCAGCAACAACCUGGAAAACCUGCUCAUGAACCUGCUCAGUCAAACGACGCUGACACAGCAGCAGCUGGCGACCCAGCAGAUCUCCAUGUCUCAGACCCUCGGAGUCCACGCCGAGCAAAUCGAAAAGCUCACGUGCGACUUUGCACGCAUGGAAGCCAAGAUCAACGCCCAAUUGCUGCGUCAGUAGUCAGUCAUCCGCUCCGUUAUAUGUGCAAGUCUAGUGUAAUGUAACUAAUCAUCAAUCACACUAUUUAUCCAAA